AUGUCUUGCUCGUCUCGUAUCUCCUCUUCCAGGGCUGGAAGCAGUGGCUUGAUCAGGGUGUCUGCUGGUGGAAGCAGCUUCAGCAGUGGAAGCAGAUGCGGUCUGGGGGGUGGCUCUACCCAGGGCUUCCGAGGAGGAACCGGCAGCUGUGGCCUGAGUGGGGGAUCAAGCAGUGGAUUUGGAGGCAGCUUUGGAGGAGGUUUUGGUAGCUGCUCAGUAGGGGGUGCUUUGGGAGGAACUCCAGGCUCUGGGGCUGGUUUUGGUGGAGGUUCUGGCUUUGGUGGGGGCUCUGGAAUUGGUGCUAGUGGAGGCUUCUACAGCUAUGGGGGUGGGAUGGGGGGUGGUGCUGGCGAUGGCGGGCUUUUCUCUGGAGGUGAAAAGCAAACCAUGCAGAACCUCAAUGACCGCCUGGCCAGUUACCUAGACAAGGUCAGAGCCCUGGAGGAGGCCAACACUGAUCUGGAGAAUAAAAUCAGGGAGUGGUAUGAGAAAUUUGGGCCUGGGUCUGGAGAUGGUGGAUCUGGAAAAGAUUAUAGCAAAUACUAUCCAAUAAUUGAAGAUCUCCGGAACCAGAUCAUCACUGCCACUAUUGAAAAUGCUGGGAUCGUUUUGCAGAUCAACAAUGCCAGAUUGGCUGCUGAUGACUUCAGACUGAAGUAUGAGAAUGAGCUGUAUCUCCGGCAGGCCGUGGAGGCCGACAUCAAUGGCCUGCGGAAAGUUCUGGAUGACCUAACCAUGACACGCUCUGACCUGGAGAUGCAGGUUGAGAGCCUUACUGAGGAGCUGGCCUACCUGAAGAAGAACCACGAGGAGGAAAUGAAGAGUAUGCAAGGAAGCUCUGGAGGGGACGUGACCGUGGAAAUGAAUGCUGCUCCAGGAACUGACCUGACCAAGUUACUGAACGACAUGAGGGCACAGUACGAAGAGCUGGCUGAGCAAAAUCGCCGUGAGGCCGAGGAGCAGUUCAACAAACAGAGUGCAUCACUGCAAGCACAAAUUUCUACGGACGUGGGGGCAGCCAGAUCUGCCAAGAAUGAGAUAACAGAACUGAAACGCACUCUGCAAGCCCUGGAAAUUGAGCUCCAGUCCCAAAGAGCCAUGAAAAGCUCUCUGGAAGGAAACCUGGCUGACACAGAAGCUGGCUACAUGGCUCAGCUGUCAGAAAUCCAGAUGCAGAUCAGCAGCCUGGAGGAGCAGAUCUGCCAGAUCCGGGGCGAGACCAAAUGCCAGAACGCAGAAUAUGAGCAACUGCUGGACAUCAAGACCCGCCUAGAGAUGGAGAUUGAGACCUACCGCGGCCUGCUCAAUGGAGAGGGAGGUGGUUCUGGUUUUGGAGGAUCUGAUUUUAGAAACUCAGGAUCCAGAAAUACAGGACCCAGAAACAUGGGAUCUAGGGAUUUGUCCGUAUCUGAUGACUCAAGAUCUGGAAGCUGUUCUGGCCAAGGAAGAGAUCCAAACAAGACCAGAGUGACUAAGACCAUCGUGGAGGAGGUGGUGGACGGCAAAGUCAUCUCAUCUCAAGUCAGCAAUGUGUCUGAGGUGAAAGUUAAAUAAGCAAUUUCCAGAUCAGCAAGAAUGUCUUUUAGAGAAAAACCGAAAGGACACGAAUGAAGAAAU